AUGGAUCAGAAUGGCGACGAUCAACUCGGGCGAUCACUAAGAGAUCCGAAUCAGGAAAUACUCGAUGAACAGGCGAAUCUUCACAAUCAAGGUCAAGGAACUGAGGCGCUUUUGAGUGUUCCGAACGCACUAAACUCCAUUCCAAAUCCUGAUUACAGGCAAUGGAUGAGCUUUAUUCUAGAGAUGUCUGGAGUGCCUGAUGCUAUUGAGAAGACACACCACUACCAAAUGGUAGAAGUAAUGGGAAGUUUGGAUAAGUCGCCGAAAGCCAUUGAUGGCCAACCGAUGUAUUUCAACAAGGAGAAUAUAUCCAAAAUAGUCGGUGAUCAUGAGAGGAGGAGAAUCGAAUUGUUCGAUGGUUUACAGUCGAAUCUCACUGAGAAACAGGCUGCUGGAGGAUCGGAAGGGGAAGCUGACGAAUCGGAGCGUGUGAUUGGACUCGAUCCGGAUUCACCAAGACGACGCUCCAAACGGGCCACGAUAUUAUCACCGGUAUUCAUGACUAAUAUCAUCAAUAAUGGAGCGGCAAUAUCAGCACCAAUCGUUCUCUCACCGAUUGCACUCACUCCCGUCAUCAAUUCACCAUCAAUUUAUGGUACGGUUAUACUCAGCCCGGUCGUAUUGACCCCACUUAUCCUAUCGCCAAAAAUAUUCGCUCCGGUGAUUCUUUCGCCGGUGAACUUACUUCCCAUUGUUCUCUCACCACUCGCAUUCGAUCCUUUCAUUCUGUCACCAGGUGCGCUCGUUCCCCUUAUUCUUUCGCCUUUGCUAUUCGAUCCUUUCAUUUUCAGUUCAGAAGCCUUAACUCCAGUUGUCCUAUCUCCAUUAGCCUUCUCACCAUUCAUAUUCAAUCCCAACUACAUGGCACCAGUAAUUCUAAGUCCAUUCAUAUUCACACCGCUAUUGUUUUCACCGCCUUACGUAACUGCACUUGUUCUAUCGCCUUAUGCCUUCUCACCGUUGAUCAAUUCUACCGGUAAAGAUGUGAGUAUAAUUUUAUCACCAAGUGCAUUCAGUUAA